AGUCCUGUCUUAUUCUGUUGUGUCGAGGGCGAACGACGUUCCCGGAGAUUUUGCACUUUUCAGACUCUUAAUGUGAUAAAAACCAUGGCUGGUAUUAAAGCACUGAUCAGUCUGUCUUUCGGUGGAGCCAUCGGCCUCAUGUUUCUGAUGCUUGGUUGUGCCCUGCCUGUCUAUAAUGAAUACUGGCCUCUCUUUCUGCUCUUCUUCUACAUUCUGUCCCCCAUCCCUUACUGCAUCUCGCGGCGGGUGGUGGACGACACUGACUCGGCUAGUAAUGCCUGCAAAGAGCUAGCCAUAUUUCUUACUACAGGGAUCGUUGUGUCAGCCUUUGGCCUGCCCAUCAUAUUUGCACGUGCUAGUGUGAUCGCCUGGGGAGCAUGUGCUCUCGUUCUGACAGGCAACAUCGUCAUUUUCGGCACCAUUCUGGGCUUCUUCCUUGUCUUUGGAUCAAACGAUGACUUCAGCUGGCAGCAGUGGUAAAUGGGGGACUGGGAGUGACGUCUGAACUGUUUUUAUUAUACACAUUCUUAUUAUUAUGACUAUUGUUGUUGUUAUUAUUGUUGUCUUUAUUAUUUAUAGCCACCGCCCAUCUGUUUUGACAGGAAGUCAGUGCAAUAAUUUGUUUCUGGGAUCAGUCCGACCUCAAAAUUUUUCUUUCUUCCUUUCUUCUGUUCUUUGGUUUGUGCAUAAGCUUCCCUUGUAGGCUGUUCCAGUGGCCAAGCAAAGGUACUAUCAAUGCUUCACUUCAUAGCAGCAUCUGCUGAACGUACAGUGUCAUUAAGAACAAGUUAAGUUGGACUGAAUGUUCGCUCAGCCAAGUCCCAAGUUCUUUAGUCAUGCUUUUGUGACCUGAAUCAUUACUCUGAGCAUAAAGAGUGAAUGUAGCUCAUUAAAUUCCUAAGCCUUUACUGGGUUAGUUAAGGGAAAAAUUUAAUCUGCAUAAUUUUCCCUGCCUACCUCAAGUGUAGUUGAUCAGCCAUGACACGUGUGAAGUUUUCUUGGCAUUGUGAGGCUAAUAAUGAAUGCUUCACUAAUUAGCAUAGUAUAAACUGCAUGCUUACAUUGCACGUCUGCCUCGGACUAUUUGGCAUUGUUACAUGAUCUUAAAUAGACCUGCUUAUGUGGUAUUAAUAAACAUGAUACAAAUAUAUCACAUGCCUAAAAACAGUAUUAGCUGCCAUCUUGUUUAAAGCAUGAAUUUUUUACUAAAUGCUAAUUAGGAUGGAGAAAGGUGGUAUAGUCUUAUUUACUGUUGCCCACAUCAGCUUCGUAGGUCUAGUGGAAAAUGAAAGAAUGGGUUGGCUGAUUAACUACAUUUGGAGGAAGGAGAAAAAUCGAUGGAUUCAGUUGUCUUCUCUGAAUUCUGUGGUUUUUGCUUAACUGCCAGGAAAAAUUCACUUUAGUUCAGUUAUUGAGUUGUCAUUAAGAGUGGUUUGAUGUGAAAUGAUGCAGAGAAAUUUAUAGACCGAUUUCUUUACAAUGCCGGUGAUAGGAACCAGGGGUAUAUCUGGGGUAAAUGGGUGUAAGUAAUGGUUUUCGUUGGGGACUGUUUUACCUCACGAAACACCCUGCAUGUACCUCUUCACCAUAAUCAUUAAAAAAUAUCAAUAAACAUAAAUUAAGCCAAAACUUAUAUAAUCAUAAAAUGAUGCUUCAGACAUCAGACAACAUAUAUGUAACCAUUUCAUGUGAUAACAUUCUGUGAGGGAGCUUUUAGAGGCAUUAAACUCCUCAGAUGUCUGCUUCCCGUCACCACUACUGUUUAAAAAAAUCAGUAUGUUUCUUUAGAACAGAGCAUUUCACAUUAGACCACCCUGAAUGACUUUGUUUACAUCUUAACCAUUUGAUUAUGUGAAGAAUUAGAAAAAUUGGUUGAAUUACCAGUUACAGAGGACUUUGGGCUUCACUGUAUGUCAGCAGAUUCCUGUCAGCCAGUGCAUUUCUGAUUCAAAUCAAAGCUUUGAAACUUGUCGAAGGCCUUUCUUUAGUCUCUGUUAAUUGCACAUAAUGUGGAGGAUGUAUGUGAAGGAUGUCCAUAUCCAUUAGCUUCAGCUUCAGAUGAAUGGAUUUAUUGGUGACUGAGCUGUCUCUUUAAAACUUUAAUAUUUGUUGUUCAUGUCACAGAUGGGUAAUGUUCCUAAUUUAUUGAAGUCAUACACACUGUCGGUUGCCACUGUUGCACCGUGAGACGAUUGUACUGCUUUUACGUUCUGUGAACAGCUCUAUCGGGCCUGUAGGUCCUAACGCCAGUGCUGUGUUUGUACUGGGCUUUCAGAAGUGAUUCCCUUUACUCCUGCUUAUGUAGUUUAAAUUUAGUGGAAAGAUUACGUGGUGAUGUGUCUGUUGACUUGUGAUGUACACUGCGCACUCCACCUAAUGUACACUACACUCCUAGUGUGAAGUAAAUCCGACAAAUCAGCAGGGCUGGCCCGAAUUCUAAUAUUUGAGAAUGUUGGCAUUCAUUUUGUUAUUUAGUAUUCAGAAGCUUUUUCUUAAGACCCACCCCAAACACUCCUAUAGACUCCUGACAAUUCAGAUUAAGAUUAAGGCAGAUUAAGGCCUAUUUGUCAUCGUUUUAAACAAAAACGUAUCAUAAGAACAAGAAAAAAUGGCUAUUGUGUAACAAUGGACAUGAAGUCAUGUCUUUGUUACUGAACACAGGUGCAUACCCCUCUACGAUUUCACAAUGUCAUCCCUUUUAUCCCAAGUGGUUUUAAAACGCACUUGAUCAUAUUCUUUAUGAUCAUCAUAUUCUUUAACUUUAAUAUUUCAUAAGCUACAUUCAAAAAGUGGGUGUCAUAUGAGAGCUGUAACUGUCUUCUUUCCAAUCAAAUAGAUGAAUAAUGUAAUUUUAAACCCUUAUAACAGAAGAAGCUGAACUC